AAACUAUUACUGACACAUGUAUCCUUCAAGCCCGAGGCUGGCUGGUUAAGCUUUGGGCAUCGCCUCCAACGGUCGCGCCGCGAAUCGGACGUCAUUGCGAUCGCAGACUUCGCUCUGCCAAGAACUUUGGGGCUGAGACAGUUGGGCUCAGUCAGCUUCCAGGCUCGCUUUUGCUUUCUUUCCCUCUACUUAUUCCGUUAGUGAGACCCUAGACCCUAUCAAAAAUCCUUCGAUCUUCCCCUUUUCUCAUACGGAGUUGAAACUCCCCUACUCCGCGCUCUCCCACCAUGCCCCUCCUCCGCGCGGGUUCCCCCGCCCUGCUCGUGUGCUUGCUGCUGGUGCUACUUCCACAGGUCCAUGCAUUCGGAGCUGGUAGUAAGUCCAACUCUGCUCCUGGAUGCAAGCAUCUCUGACAUGUUUUAAGAUAUUGCUUCAAUCUCGGCCGUCGAGGGCAAAAAUUGGCGUCAUGGCGACAUUGAGGACAUGCUGAAGACGAUCACUUUCAUCGCCGGUCACAAAUGGACAUCUACCAUGAUCAAGCGCGUAUACUUUGGAAAUUGGCUGCGUGAUUACUCGCAGGCAAUGGACGUCGGAACCCUGAAGAAUCUCCAAGCCGAAACGAUCCGCAUCCUCGUGUGGGUCCUCUCGUUCCUGACUUUUGGGUACGCGACUGGCGAGUUUGAGGUUACCUCAGAACGAUUGGGGGUUUACCGUCCGGAAGAGCAUAUUGAUAACCCGAAAGACUACGCCGACAACGAAGAUGCGCGCCAAUUUGACAAGCGCCUGCGAGGCCCGAUCCGUCAGGUCGAGCUUGAUAUCGAUCCGGAGACAGGAAUGAAGAAUUACAUCGCGAACGAGCGCGGCGAUUGGGCGACAAGUUCCGCCUAUGUCAAGUUUAGUCUCAGCCGCAGCAUCCAUUAUGGACGCAUGUACACCAAUGGUGGCGAGCACAAGGGCAAGGAAGAGGAUCUGUGCGAGGCACUGCGUUGCUUGGGACAGGGCCUCCAUACUCUCGAGGACUUUGCGGCUCAUUCGAAUUACAUCGAGCUCGCAUUGCGCGAGAUGGGAUACCACAAUGUGUUCCCUCACACGGGCACAGCCACCCAGUGCAAUGUCCGGGGACAUCACGUCUUCCCCUUGGUGACGGGAACUUUUGGUAUGGUUGAUUUUUUCCACUCCGUCCUCGGUGAGGCCACCGAUCAUUUCACCCAGUCUGAAGUCAACGAGAUGGACUUGGCGCUUGGCGAUGCGGAGAACAAUGCCCAGGCCAGCAACUCUCUCAACUCCCUCACUGGUCUCUUGGGCAAGAUCCCCGGUACACGAGAUCUGGUCGCGGAGGCCGAGCAUCUGAAACAGCAAUCUGAGGCCCAGGAGAGGAGCAAUCGUUCUCGCGGCUCUCACACGGGAUACAUGCAGACGGGCGAUUUUGAGCAAAGCCGCGCACCUGAUCCAAACUACCCCACCACUGGUGGCGCUGCACCGGGUCCUGGUCUUCAGGGUAUGCCUGAUUUCAACCCUCAGGAGACAGUGUCCAAGAUCUACCCUAUCCUAGCCUUCCGUGACAAGGUCGUGCGGAAGCUGAACGCGGUCAUCGAGAAGAUCCCGGGCUUGGAGACCCUCAUAGAUAAAAUCACCGAGACCCUCACCGUGUUCAUUAUGUCGCUGCUAGCACCAUUCAUCCGCCCUCUUAUCAACGCGGCCUCCAAGUCUCUCCAGACCGGCUCAUCGGGUGUCGUUGCUGCCUCUGGCAAGCACCAAUACGAGCCGUGGACGGAUCCUCACUGCACUGAUCCUACCCACUCACUUCUCUCCAAGGACCACUUUGCCAACGUCCUGAACGAGCCGGCCGGACAGGUUGCUUCCGCUAUUUUAAAGUACGUUGCUCCUCGGGUGCUGUAUGCCUGGCAGCACAUCGACGUCCCGGAACACGAGGUUCUAGAGGACUGCAUGCGCAUCUUCCACCACCCCGUGCUCCGAGACAUGCACAACGAAGCUCACCGGACAAUGUUCGAGGCUGUCGGAAACUGGGUCCACUCCCGUGAAGAUCGUGGCGCCCAUCUCAACGACAUUCUUAGUUCUGAGGGUGUUCGGUCCGGUCGCAAUACCGGUGGUGUCCCGCAUACCCACGGCGGUAGCCAGGGCGGAUUCGCUGCUCUAGGCGGCGCAGCCCAUGGUCAAACGCACGGUCAGAGUCAGAGCCAUGGCCACGGCUUCUCCGUGGGUGGUAUUCAGUCAUUUUUCACGCAAUCGCAAUCUCAGCACCAGCAACCCUCGGGAUCACAUGGGCAAGGCUCUUCUGGCCUGCCUUGGGACAAGAUUUCCAAGUUUCCCAUUCCUGGCAUGUCCAAUCUGAACAAGCUUGAAAGCACUAUCUCAAAUUUUAUUCCCGGUGGUUUGUCGCAUGGUUCCAGGAGAGAGCUUGGAGAGGAUGAGGAGGCUGGUGCUGGAAGUGGACAUGAUACUGGGACAUAUCAGCAGCAGAAUUCACAGUAUCAUGGUCAACAGGGACAUGGUCAGGGCGGCUACGGCCAGGGUGGGUAUGGUUAUUGACGAGCCUUCUGUGAUGAUAUGUUUGGAAAUCCCUGGUAUAUGGGAAUUACUACUGUGUGCAUGGUUCAUGAGAUUAUGAAAUUUGUGAUGAGUGUCCAUGGAUGUCAUGAUCAAGUUUGAGGCUCAAGACGGGGUGUCGGAAAACGGCCCAGCUAUUGGUUAAGAAGACCUAUGAAGUAAAUAUGACUCUUUUUACACCAAUCUACAGGCGAGCAAAUAGUCUAUCGGGUUUCGGAAUCUUACUGCUUGGCUUAUCGGGCCUUAUAGGGCCUA